GCCACGCCUGUAGGCGGACCAGCACAGUCGUAGCCAGUAUCGUCAGACCAGACACUGGAUAAAGACAACAACAGUGACAGAUCAAGACCGCAUUUCUGUUUGCAACCAGCUAUGGGUGUAGUCUGAAAAGUGUACACAGUAGCGCACCGCAAUAUACCUCGCAGUUUUAUCCUCAUGAAGGAGCUCCGUCCUGGCUGAGUUUGGGAGAUGGGAGUACUCAACAUUGCAGACCAGCCUCCUCUGGUCCAGGCCAUCUUCAAACGUAAUGCUGAAGAACUUCAACUACUAUUGCACAAAAAGGAGGAUGUCAAUGCACUGGACCAAGAGCGCCGUACGCCACUUCAUGCUGCUGCCUGUGUGGGGGACGUCCAUAUAAUGGACCUCCUCAUUGAAUCAGGUGCCAGUGUCAACGCGAAAGACCACAUAUGGUUGAGCCCAUUGCACAGAGCAGCUGCUUCCAGGAAUGAAAGAGCAGUGGGUCUGCUGCUGCGGCGCGGAGCAGAGGCAAAUGCACGAGACAAGUUUUGGCAGACACCACUGCAUGUGGCUGCAGCCAACCGUGCCACACGCUGCGCAGAGACCCUGCUAACCCAGCUGAGCAACCUGAACAUGGCAGAUCGCACAGGCAGAACUGCUUUGCACCAUGCAGCUCAGAGUGGGUUUCAAGAGAUGGUGAAGUUGUUGCUGAACAAGGGGGCCAACCUCAGUGCCAUUGAUAAGAAAGAGAGACAGCCUAUCCAUUGUGCUGCUUACUUGGGGCAUGUAGAGAUUGUGAAGUUGCUAGUCUCUCGCAGUGCAGACAAGAGCUGCAAGGAUAAGCAGGGCUACACACCUCUCCAUGCUGCUGCUGCAAGUGGUCACAUCGAAAUUGUAAAGUAUCUACUGAGGAUGGGUGUGGAGAUCGAUGAGCCCAAUGGCUUUGGAAACACUGCGCUGCAUGUGGCUUGCUACAUGGGGCAGGAGGCUGUGGCUACAGAGCUGGUAAACCAUGGAGCUAAUGUUAACCAGCCCAACAAGUGUGGCUACACCCCACUGCACCUGGCUGCCGUCUCCACCAACGGUGCCCUCUGUCUGGAGUUGCUGGUCAACAAUGGGGCAGAUGUCAACCAGCAGAGCAAAGAAGGAAAGAGCCCCCUGCACAUGGCAGCCAUUCACGGACGCUUCACACGCUCUCAGAUCCUCAUCCAAAAUGGUGGGGAAAUUGAUUGUGUGGACAAGUAUGGCAAUACUCCUCUCCACGUUGCUGCUAAGUACGGCCAUGAACUGCUGAUCAGCACUCUAAUGACCAAUGGAGCAGACACGGCCAGACGUGGGAUCCAUGGAAUGUUCCCCUUGCACUUAGCUGUGCUGUACGGGUUUUCUGACUGUUGUCGCAAGUUACUCUCCUCAGGGCAGCUGUAUAGUAUAGUUUCAUCCAUGAGUAAGGAGCAUGUACUAUCAGCUGGGUUUGACAUAAACACCCCUGACAACUUUGGGAGGACCUGUCUACACGCUGCUGCCUCUGGAGGAAAUGUUGAAUGUCUGAACUUGCUCUUAAGUAGUGGUACCAACUUAAACAAGAGGGACAUAAUGGGAAGGACACCGUUGCACUAUGCGGCUGCUAAUGGGAGGUACCAGUGCACUGUGACCCUGGUGAGCGCUGGCGCUGAGGUCAACGAGCCUGACCAAACGGGCUGUACUCCCCUGCACUACUCUGCCGCAUCACAAGCCUUCAGCAGGUUGGAAAACAGGGUUGAUCGUCAUUUUUCUGGGAACCAUCAAAAUGAUGAGGAUGAGGCAAAGGAAUCGUACUUCUGUUUGGAGCAUCUUUUGGACAACGGUGCUGAUCCAUCGAUGGUCAACACAAAGGGUUACAGUGCUGUUCACUAUGCAGCUUACCAUGGCAACAAACAAAACCUGGAGCUGCUUCUGGAGAUGUCCUUUAAUGCACUGGGAGACAUAGAGAGCAGUAUUCCAGUCAGUCCACUGCAUCUUGCUGCUGAUAAAGGCCACUGGCAGGCGCUGCGUGUGCUGACUGAGACUGCAGCCUACGUGGAUGUGCAGGAUGCUGCAGGGCGUUCUGUGCUCUACUUGGCUGCUCAGAAAGGCUAUACCCGCUGCGUCGAGGUGUUGUUGGCGCAGGGUGCCUCCUGUCUCCUCAAUGACAACCGCCUCAUGUGGACUCCAAUUCAUGUUGCAGCUGUCAAUGGUCACUCAGACUGCCUGCGCAUGAUGAUAGAUUAUGGGGAGGAUGGGGAUCUCACCAAUGUCGCAGACAAAUAUGGCCAGACUUCUCUGAUGCUGGCUAUUCUGGGAGGUCAUACUGACUGUGUUCGCUUCCUUUUGGAGAAGGGUGCCUUGCCAGAUGCCCAGGACAAGAGGGGCAGAACAGCUUUGCACAGAGGGGCGAUGUUGGGCCACGAUGACUGUGUGACAGCUCUGCUGGAGCACAAAGCUUCUCCAUUGAGUCGGGACACCCAGGGUAGGACACCGCUGCACUAUGCUGCAUCCAGAGGCCACACAGAGAUCCUGGCCAGUCUGGUGCAGGCCACUGUGGCAACAGACCCACAAGAUAAACUGCUGGACAACAAACAAUACACCCCGCUACACUGGGCUGCUUACAAAGGGCAUGAAGACUGUUUGGAGGUUUUACUUGAAUUUAAAACAUUUGUCCAUGAAGAGGGAAACCCUUUUACCCCCCUGCACUGUGCUCUGAUGAAUGGCCAUAGCGGUGCUGCAGAGAGGCUGCUGGAGUCUGCUGGGGUCCAGAUGAUAAACACCAGAGAUGCCAAAGGAAGGACCCCACUGCAUGCUGCUGCAUUUGCUGAGGAUGUCACAGGUCUUCAGCUGGUGCUUCGCCAUGGGGCAGAGAUCAAUGCCGUAGACAACAGUGGACGCUCCGCUCUGAUGGUAGCCGCUGAUAAGGGACACAGUGGCACUGUGGCCAUCCUCCUUCACCGGGCCAAGGCUGACUUGACACUGCUGGAUGAGAACAGGAACACUGCCCUGCACUUGGCCUGCAGCAAGGCUCAUGAGAUGUGUGCUCUGCUGAUUCUGGGCGAGAUCCACAGUCCCACACUCAUAAAUGCCACCAACAGUGCUCUGCAAAUGCCCCUCCAUCUUGCAGCACGUAAUGGCCUGGCUACGGUGGUACAGGCACUGCUGAGUAGAGGAGCCACGGUGCUGGCUGUGGAUGAGGAAGGCCACACCCCAGCUCUGGCCUGUGCUCCCAACAAGGACGUGGCUGACUGCCUGGCUCUGAUCCUCUCUACCAUGAAGCCUUUCCCCCAGCGGGACCCUUCCUCCUGCUCCUGCUCCUCCCCCACUGUUUCCCCAUCCCCGGGUCUCAACUUGCUGAAGCACUGCGGCAUCACCGCCACCUGCGCCCCCCUGCCCAGCAACGGCCUCCACAACGGCUAUGUCAAAGACCGCCACGGUGCACCAGUUGGCCUGGAUGGGUGUCUGUCUGAGUGAGGUCCCAUAUGCCUCCUCAGUCAGCUGCUAUCGCCAUCACCACCACCAGGGGGCGACUCCCUUUAACAUGGCCCAGAGGACCAGGAGAGCACCCACCCACUUGUCUGUUCUCUGUGUAUGUAUGUGUUUGUGUGCGUGUGUGUGUGCGUGUGUGUGUGUGUGUGUGUGUGUGUUGGUCUUCUCUUGAGGUGCAGUCAAACCUAAUAUGCAAUUAGAUCCCAUUCCUCCAUCUCCUAGUAGUGCUUAAUAUGUAGAGGCCCAUUUCUCUACAAGGUCACUCAGAUGAAGUGUGGAAUCCAAAACAGACACGAGCAAAUGAACCAUCUCGAAACCAUUUAACCCUUUAAAAUUAUGUCGACAUAAUUAUAUAACCAACAUCUAAAAGCAUGGGAAUCUCUGUAUCCUCAACUGUCUUCAUAUCAUUCACUAUAAACGUCAUAUCAUGUUUGAUCAGUUUUGGUGACCUUGUAGAGGAAUAUAUAGCCUUCCCAAAUGAUUGAUCAAAGAGUUUUGUUUUUUUGGUGAUAUUCUUUACCUUUUUUCUUUAUUUGUUUUUAAUUGUCUGUUAGCUUAGAUUUUUAUGAAGGAACCACACAAGGGAAAAUCAAAAUUUUUGCUUAAGAGUGCAAUGCUUGUGUACUACAGUACUAUCCGAAAUUUGGAAAAGGGUCACAAAGAUGUUAAUUCCAUAGUGUACUUUAAAUGUACAACAUACAAUAGUUUGGCGUUUUAAGAUGAAUUUGGUAACGCUGCUGAAUACGUUAGCAUGUCUCCUUCCAAAGGAGAGCCAUGCUUGGGUCAGCAUUGUAACAUCAAUUUGUUCUUAAUGCUGACUUCAUGUUUUAAAGAUGCUAAAUAAGUGUUUGUUAAGCUAGAAUGUUUCUAAGCAUAUAAGUUAUGACCAAAGUUGAGCAACACUACUAUGGCUAUAAAUUAUUUAUUUGAGAUGAACUGUACUGUAUAGAGAAAGACAAUAGAUCUUGAUAUACCUCGUCAACUCGUUUAGCAGCUGCUUCAUCUUCACCCAGGGUCUGUAGGCCUAAUGUUCUCUUUUUGUUGGACUAGAGAACUACUGUAGGAUAGUGACUGACUGAGGCCUUGUUUAUUUCUAGAUGAAGGCUUUACUAGUAAUAUCUGCCAACAACACCUCAUCAAAGCAUCAUAUAUCUGAGCACAUAAAUGAACAAGCCAUUUCAAGUUGUUUCCCCAUCUCCAAGUGUUUUUUUUUUUUUAAUGAAAAGAUUUCAGAAUUCAAAUGGCCUAGUUAUUGAUAGAGAGCAGUCGGUUAUGGUUUUUAGGCACUAACGACAUUUUGGUCUCUGCUUUUCCGACGUUGAACUGGCCAUCAGCAUUGUUGUUUGUGGGGUUGCUGCAACUCCACCGUUAUGUUCUGUGGUGGCCAUUUAUUUAACAAGCUCUCCCUAGGAGUACUACUUGGAGCUGGUAAACUAGUUUUAAACAUCUAAUAGCUUAUAUCUCAGCUCUUCAGUUGUCAACUCUGAUCAAUUAUUAGAACUGAACGAUACAGAGUAGCUUUUUUUUAUUGGGCAAUUUUCAAGCAAUAUUUUUCAUUUGACCUUUUUGUUAACGUUAUUGAAUAGACAAUCACUGUCACAAGGGCUUUUGUUUCCCUGGAAUGUGUUUGAUUUUUUUUUCUGAUUUGUUUAUAUAAUUUCAUAAAAAAUGACUAAAGACUUAACGAAUGGCUCUGUGUGUGCUGGGCAUUUUACUGUCAGUGUCAACGCAAAUGCACUGGACUGCCUUUAUGGCAACUCAUGAAAUGCCUUUUGACCCAUGCCUUCCGUAAUACAUCAUUUCAGUUGGAUUGCAUAAUGAUAGAGUAUGACGAGCCCUGAGACUGAUUAUCUUUCCACCCAUUUCGAUAGUAACAACGUCGAACCACGGUUGUAUCUAGUGGACAGACAUUGUCGGCACAUCUUAAUAUGUAACGGCAUUGUUAAUGACCAGGGAGCUGAUUUCCCUUAUUGAAGCAAGUAGGGCUAAGAAGAAAAGGAGAGGGAUGUUUGCUUAGGCCAAUACCUGUUGUUUAGAUUUCAGGAAUAGCAGAAAUCCAAAUAUGUGCUUUUUUGGUGUUAAUUUUGUUGUCUCCUCAUCCCAUUUCUGGUACUAAGCAUACUAAAGAUGAUUGUAUCGGACCACUAGAGCUGUUUGUGACUUAUAAGAUGUUAUAUCUAUGCUAUUUUGUCUUUUUUUUUUUAAUGAUUAUUACACUGAGUAAGAUUGUUGUCAUUGGCGUGAGGACUUCAUAUCCAUUGAUAAUGAAGUGGCACAAUUGCACACAUUAGUUGACUGGAUGAGAGAUGAGGACCUAGACAAGGCUGUGUUGUCAAAUUCCCCUGCAGAAAUAGUCUUGGACGUUAUUGUAAAAGUUGUUAAGUAAGAUUUGUUGUUGACUUUUCAAUUGACUGAAAUGAAUCGGAGAUAAUUAGUGAUGUCCAGCCUUUGGUCUCUUGAUCAAUUUCUUAUUUAAAGGAGAACAGUGAUAUACUUGUUAAUAUUAGGGAUAGGUGCAUACUUUUUUUUUGUGAUCUCAGGAUCUGUGCUGAAGCUGCAGUCAGAAUUUACUAAUCCAAUCAGAUCUCAGCAGGAUAAAUAUGUCUACAUUUUUAAUGGGAUGUUCCACAAUUUAAUUGCUUUUUUUAAAACCCUAAUCCCACAGCACUUAAUUAGAUAGUCAAGCACGCACUUUAGUACAUUCAGGUUCUAAGUGUGCAAACGAUGUAAUGUAUGUACAUAUGUUUACAUGCAUGUAUGUUGCUGCUGAAUACAGGAAGGUAGGGUUGCAAAAGACGACCUAAGGCUGCAACUAAAUUGUACUAACAAUGCAUUAUUUGAAAUGAGUAAGUGUCUCCAAGCACUUAGGGACAGUGUCCACUGCCCACUGACUUUUUCGAGUUGUCCAUUUCUGGGCAAUGGGGCCCAACAAAGUGACAAGGUUGCAUUACCCAGCCUACUGUUAAUAAUACAGACCCUGGCCUAAGUCACUUAAAGUCAGUCCAGUGAUUCAACAGACACCUCAGGCAGGCUCCUCAAAAAUACUUUACAUACUCUCUCUGCCAUCCGUAGGUGCUUUCUCUUGUGAUGUCCUUAUCUGACCAGUAAACGGAGCCAUUGUCCCUUGCAACUAUACAGGUUGUAAGUAACUGAAUUCUUUUGUUGUAUUGCAGUAUUCUUAUACAUGCUUCUUAUUUUCUUUUCCUUUUUUUUUCUCUUUGUGUGUGUUACCAGUGAUAAUUGGGUGAUUGUGCAUGGAGCUAGAUCAUAAUUUUGAUUUAGUUGACGAUUAAACAAAUGGAGCAUAUAUAAUAUAUCUGGAGAUAGAAAGCAAUGAAAGGUCCAAUUGUAGCAAUAGCGCGUGUGUGUGUAAAAGUGUGCAGCACAAAUAUUGCACUGCCAUCCAUUUAGGCCAAUUCAGUAAAUCAUAGCAUAAAUGCCAAUGGAAGAUUUAAAUGCGGGUCAGAUGUUAUAAUGAUCUUUGGUCACAAAUAAGGCCUGUUUGCCAAAACAUGUGGACAGGGUGGAACUUCUAGUAAAACAGCAAUGGAUUUAUGCAUAUGUUCAAGCAGUUUACAGUCAAACCAUCAAAUCUGAGCCAUGAGUUUUCUGACUGAUAUGAAUGUAGUGUCAGUUUAGAGCAGGACAAUUUCCUUUCUCCCGACUUUAAACUGUUGCUCUUCAUUUGUCUUGCGUAGAUAUGAUUAUACUGGUAGCAUGUCAUAACCUACUUCUUGACAUAAUAUACAAUAUGUGUAGUAGUCUUCCUGCAUUGAUGGUCUGGAAAGGGUUUUUUGGCAUUCUUGUUAGAGUAUAGGCCUGUUGUUUUAUAUCACUUUGUCUUUACACAUUUUGUGUGUAGUGUAGCCCAAAAGGUGAAAGAGCUGAAAAGAAUUAAACAUUCAUGCUCAUCCAUUCCAUUGAGUCUGCCUUAGAGUACAAUAAAACAAGAGGGACAAAAAGAUCUGCAGUAGAUGGCAUCAUACAUACUCAUAAAUAGCCUAUAUUUGACAAAAAUGCACCUAAGCUACACCCAUUUAGUGCCAUAGAAACCUUUAUUUGCCUUUAGACAUAAAUCAUAUUUACUUGGUCCGUAACUUAUUCAAAAGAAGGCAGGAUUGUUACAAAUUUGUGUUUGGUGCUGCAUGUCUUUUCGCCAGUUAAAUUAUUCAAAGAAAAACAAUUUAAAAUUUUGCAUGGGAUAUUGUAAUUUAAUGCGAGUAUUCUGUUAAAAUUUAGUGUUAGAUUUUUAUUAUUGGGCUUUUUUGAAGAAUAUAGUUAGUUUGGUAUUGGCAAAGCAAUCCCUGGGUUGUGUGUUUAUUUAACAAGCUGGAUUAUCGUGUGUGUAUGUGUGUGUUACCAGGAAAAAAAAACAAGUUUUUGAUGUCCAAAAGAAAAAAAAAUAGCAUGGUAUAUACAGUUGAGAAUUGAUUUGCCUCAGUUGAUGUCUCGGUUCUUACUUGAAGUAAAUGGCAAAUUUCAAUUCAUUUCUGAUCCACUGUUGAGCCUUUUGCCUUAAAAGCUGAAAAUGGAAACGAUACCUGGCAGUACCUAAAAAGUUGCAUCACCUGUACAGUUAUGCUACUUGGUUGGAUCGCUGAAAAAAUAUAUUUUUUGGCUAAUUUUGGACUUUCAAGACAUUUGUGGGUGUCGAGAAGCACACAAAUCAAUUAAGGUAGCACAUAGCUCAAGGUUGCCAUGGUGCAGAGAUUGUUUUGAGAGGUUAGGAUUUUGCCAUAUUUGCCACUGUGAAAGAAUGAAUUCAGAAUUCACUUGUAAACAAUCAGCUUUGGCUUCUCUGUUAUCCAGAGCCAAAUGACACUGGGGAUAAUAGUGGUGUACCUCAAAAAAUAUUUAGAUGGAUAAAAGGAAAUUCUUAUGGAAAAAAAAAAAAAAUUGUGUACAGCUAUGCUAACAAAGAGUUAAACUUUGUGAUCCAUCUUGUCAUGGGUAGUGUAAUUUUGCUUAAACCAGCCUAAAUCGGAGAUGUAGUAUCUACGCAAAAGUGUUAGAUUAGUGUCGGCAGAUGUCUCAUGUUUCCUACCUGAUAAAGGGGCAGCCAAUGCACCUUGUUUAAUGUUUUUAUUGGACCUGCAUUUUUACCUCAUCAGUGAUCUUUUGUGUGAAUCCACUGACAUUGAUCCUCUGUGAUUUCUUGCAUUUCCUAACAGUGUAGAUUUCUCUCUUACUGUGUGUGUGUGCGCUUGUGUGAGAGGGAGAGUAACUUUUCAAGAUAUGCAUGUCCGACCUAAACAUGCACAAGUCCCUGUUUUCAUUUUAGCACAGAAAUGCGUUGUAACCCUGUUUGAACAUGUUUCUCUUCAUUAAAACCAACACAUAAGUCAUUUAAGGUGGAGGGUACAGGCUAAUUUAAGGUAGAAAAGGAAGGUAGCUGUAAACCUUUACCUCUGUAUGUCAAAACAAUACAAUUAUACUGUAUGACUAAUGCUAGUUUGACCACUUUCCCUGCCUGAACACUUGGUUAUUAAUUUUCCCACCACCAAUAGGAGCUGUGUAAUAAUGAGCACAGCGGUGGCAUGGUGCCUUUUAUUUGUUACUACCGAAAGGUACGGUCUUCCAUUUGUAUUUCUCAGAAGCCUUAUAAUGGGAAAAAGAAAUUACUCUGAAUAUACAUGACUACAGUGCAUAGACCCAUAUGCCCUCUUAGCAUGUCUAUCUCAACCCUAUCUAUAUGAUCGGAGUAACUUGUUCUGCAAUAGUCUGGAUUUCAUAACACAUCUCCUGUGACUGCCCUUUGGGUAGCAAAAUAAAUUGCACAGAAUGCAAUUUCAUGCUCAUCACACAUUGAAUGGAUGGAUCUCAAUUGUUUGAAAGCACAAAUCCAAAGAAGGCACAGGCGAGAGAAGGAGCCUUUAGACCAAAUUUAGGCAACAACAUGAGGGAAAAAUAUCCAACUCCUCUUUAAGAGCAGAAAACAAGGAGGAUUGAUUGUCGGUAACACUUUAACUGUAGAGAGAGACGAGUGUGCAUUUUCAGAGCUUCUUCUGAUUGUUCUCAUCUUUGUUCAUCGAUGAUCAGACAUUCACAAUAAGACCCACGUUGUGAAACAAUGCGGUACCUGCAUUCAAGAUCAAGUUUAGGCAAACUGUCGUGACUGUGUUGCAAACUGAUUGUGGAGAUUGUUUUGUAUUAUUUAGGGUAGACUGACUACAAGUAGGGUUGCAGUAGUAGCUGUGUGCAGUGUUAAUAACCGUGUGAUCAUACUAUAGAAGUGAUAUAACAUUUUGUUGUCUUACAACAUUAAGGCAUGAAUCAUCUCUAAUGCUGACCUCGUUUGAAAUAGACAAAAGAUGAAAGUGCAAUAACCUAGUGUUUUAUCAUUGCUUCCUUGGUUGAAAAAAAAAAAAAUUAAAUAUGCCCUUUCUGUUAACACCAAAAGUCACUUGUCUGUAGCAAAUGAAGGAUUUCAAGUGGUCCUCUUGUUUGUUAUCAGGGAGGUGGCAUUUGAUAGUGGAGUUGGUGAUAUUCUGUUCUUAAAACUGUGAUCAAUAUCUGAUUGCUGAAGCUGCCUGCUCAGAAAGAAUGGUGUACAAGUUUCCCGACAGAUUUGAGUAGGGGUGUGUGUGUGUGUGUGUUUUUUUUUUCUCUAAUAGAUGGACUUGACGGUGUUGUAGUUUGGACUUCUGGUUUUUAGCCAGUGGACAUGUUAAUUUGCAUGUGUAGAUGUGUAUAUGCAUCCUCUUCCUCCUUGAAUGAAAUGUUUUCUCUAAAAUAUUUAGACCUGCUGUCAGUGAUGUAUGCGGAUAAAAGGAAAUAUGAAAUGCCUUAUAUUUGUUUUCAAUGUUAAGCAUUAAGGGUUCUUUAUGUGUCCUUCCCUUUUCAGUGUGUAGCCUAAAGCUUGUACAGUUAAGAUACUCAUGAGAUUUAUAUCUACUGAAUAGCCUGUGUUUUCAGAAUUUGUUCUUUGGAGGUCCUGUGAUUGUGGUGUUAGAAAAACAUUCCCUUUGAAAGUGCCGUUUGUUUUCACCAGCAAAAGAUGUGGUUUUUUUGGGCGGGGAAUGUAUUUACACGAAGGAAAACAAAUGUUCAAAACACUUUGCAGUGUUUUAUUUUUGAACUGAAUGACGCAAAGUAUUUGUGCAGGUGAAAUAAGGCAGCAAUCUUCUGAUGGAGCACCUUAUGGACUUGCUCCUUCCUGUGAGCCCAUGAUGGAGGUAGUCUCACAUCAAGCUUGAUAACUCUAAAGCAGAGCCAUAUCACAGAAUUUUGCCCAUUAGGAGCCCCUUGAAUGUGCUAUUAGGAAUAGCCUCUACUGUAGACGGAUGGUUACUGCAUGUUCUGUGACAUUUUAGUAGUGGUAGUAUCUUUUUUUAAUGUUAUAUUUAGUCCGCUUCACUGUAGAUGUUGCUACCCACCUCAUUGCAGCCCACAAGCUAUUAACAAUCCUUUCACAACUGGACUUAAAGCAGGCAUUGAUCUGCUGCUGAGGCAGCCUUAAUACCUUGCAAAUUAAAAGAAGAAGAAAAAAAAGUUGAUAGUUGCCUGGUUUACUUUUGAGUGGCUUAUCUGGAGGAGGAGCCUCUGUUUUGAGUAGAGGGACUCUGAAUCAGGGCAUGUGAUGAGUAACAAUCAAAUAGUUUCACAAUGCACCUUCAAAAAAUAAUAAAUAAUGAAAAAAACAAAAAAAAAAUAAAACAAGUUGGCUCGUCCACCCAACAUUCCAAAGUUGAUUUCAUUUUCCACAGUCCUUUCCCACUGUUUGAGGAAACCUUUUUUUGCUUUGCUGGUGAAUGAAAAGGGCAUGUGUAUCAAUGACAGGGUUCCCUAUUUAGCCUAACGCUAAUUACCUCAUUUACAAAUCUGCAAAUAUACUACUCUACUGUGUCUAAAGGAGUCAAUGCCAUCACCAGCAGUGUGGUCUUUAGACCUGUGAUGACAGCAGGACCAAUGAAGUUACUCUGUUGAAAUUAGCCAAUCUAAAAACAUGACUGGUCUGGAAAAAUAGGGUAAAGUAAUAUUACAAUUUUGCAAGAUUUUCUUCAGUAAACGGCUGCUACUCCAGUCAGCAUCAGACUGUAGCUAAGAUUGGAUUUGAUUUGAUUUUUAUGGGUCAUCAUUUUGGUGAUAAAAAUACAUACAUUUCAAGUCAACGACGAAAAUCUGAAAUUACAGUUGUCGCUGUUUUUGAGACGUUGACUGUAGUAGCAGCUGGUGGCAGUAGCAUGGUUCAAGAUCUGGGGCUGGUUCACGCCUGGUGUAUCUCAUGAUUAUUUAAGUGAACGAUCAUGUUGGCAUCACUUGCUGUUUUUUCAGUAGCAUUUCUCCUACCUCCUUGUUUUUGCAGCCUUGAGUAUUUGUUUGUCUCUCCACCUGUUCUGAAAAAAUAAGUGUAUUGCAGUAGGGGAAUACAGAUUUAUCAUAAGCAAUGGUAGUAAUACUUUCAGAAAAAGUGUGCUUGGUUGUGUUGUGUGUGUGUAUAUAUGUCUACUUGACGUUGGAAAAAAAUAUUUAUGAGAAGCAUUUAUACGACAAAAUACCACUGGAAUGUGAAGCCAGAAAAUGUUAAGAUGCAUAAUAUGAUGAUAGUCUAUCCCCUUUAACAUUCAGUGGCGAAUGGUCAGAGGAAUCAUCUUAUAGAGAAAAAAAAUAACCAUGCAUUGGCUGUUUUUUUUUUUCUUCUUCUUAACACCGUGUAUUUCUUUGGUUUCCUCUUGUACGUAUGCUUCCCUGUCUUCAUACGUAUACACUAUGUCAGCCUUUACAGCUUCAUUCUGGGUCAGCCAUCGAUUGCCCUGAAGUUAUAAUGAUACCACAGGUACCACAAAUUUUCACGAGGAAGAUAAUAAGGUGGAUUUGUAAUUCUGAAUGAGGGCGAGUUUGAACCCCUCGACUGUAUGCCUUUGAAUCCAUCUGUCCGCUCCGAACCAAAUUCUGCUUCUUAGUUUUUCGUCUUCACGCUGCCCUGACAUUUUACAUCCAGUUUAACUACAAGGGGUACAGGACAAGGUGAAAGGUUUGAGGUUUUAUGCCCCCUCCCCCACCCCACACUCUCUCCUCUGCCCACUCAUGCUUUUUCCAUGACUCGAUCACCUGUACUCCCCAUCACCCACCUCACAUAAACCUCAAGCCAUUCAUUCUCAAGUUUUGUUGUUUUGUUUUUUCGACAAUGCAAUCCUGAAAGCACUUUGCCUUGUUAUUCCUUUGUGUGAACAUGUGAAUGAUAAUUUGUUACAAAAAUGUUAAAUAUGUAAAAGAUCAUUCACUGUUUUGGAAAAACCUGCAUCUGUCUUUCUGACGUUAAAAGAAAAAAAAAAAAGAAACAAUUUAGUGACAUUAAACCUGAAUCUAUUUUAUAAAAUGUUUGCUGCAGCCAAUUGGUCUUGUCAUUCAGUAUUGUGGCUUAGGGUUGUUUGUGUUCAAUAAAGUGCUAUUGCUAAAUA